AUGCUCAAGAAAAAUCCAACAAAAAAUAAAAAUUCAUCAAAGCGUGCUCGUAGUAAUAGUACUGAAUGUCAAUCGAAUUUAGAAAGAUUAUUGAAAAGACUAACCACCAAUCCACCUUAUAAAUUGACGUUGCCAAUUGACGAACUAAUUAAACCAAAAACUGAUUAUAAUGCCAAACUUAAAGCAGAAUCCCAAAUGACGAAUUUGAAUAAUCGAGAAAAAUCCAAAUUGAUUGCAAACAUUUGGAAUUCUCAAUCUUCUGAAGUAAAACAAUUUUUUCAAAUAUUAAGUAUGGCAGCUAAUGUUAAACAUAAAUUAACGUAUCCUAAUUAUGUUUAUAAACCAGUUUGGCACAAUAAUCUAAAUACUAAUAUAAAUCAUGCUGAUGAUGAUGGCGCUUAG